ACGGCCGUCUCUCCCUCCGCUCGCUGGAUUCAGUCCCUAACCGAAGCUGGAGCAAGCAGCACCACCCGAGAGCGCACCCUCUCGCUUCUCCCCCAGCACCCCGACGACGACGACGAAGUCGAAGUCGCCGACGACAACCCCUGUGGAUUACUGUGCAGUGAUGCUCCUGUGACCCCUCGGGGCCCCUAGUGUUGUGAACUCUCUCUUCCUCGUCCCCCCGCCGCCACCAUGUCGACCGCCGUCAUGCCCCUCGGCUCCCUGCAGCAGCACCGCGCGCUCGUCCAGCCCGCCAAGAAGAUGGUCAUGAUGUUGAGCCCGCCCCAGGACCACCCUCAGAUCGUGCAGCCCAGCAACGGCGCCUGCGUGAUCGUGUCGGCCAACGGCGCCUACAGCCCGCCCCCGCACUUCACCAACCUGGACGGCGGCAACAACAACAACGCCAAGGCCAAGAACAACAACAACAAGGUGAGCCGCGUGAACGGCGGCGCCGUGCAGAAGGCGACGCCGCGCACCUCGGUGGUCGUGUCGGCCGCGCCCGCGCUCUCGGCGGCCGCGGCGGCGGACGCCCUCCGCUGCAAGCGGCGCAUCCAGUUCACGGGCACCGGGGCCGCGACCUUCGGCGGCCACCAGACGGCGUCCGUGCAGCGCCGCAACGCCCGCGAGCGCAACCGCGUCAAGCAGGUCAACAACGGCUUCGCCACCCUGCGCUCGCACAUCCCGCCCGCCAUCGCGGCCGCGCUGCAGGAGCAGUCGCCGCCGCCGUGCGAGCCCCGGCCCAGCGGCCGCCAGUCUGCCAAGGACAAGGAGGCCGCCAAGAAGCUGAGCAAAGUGGAGACCCUGCGCAUGGCCGUCGAGUACAUCCGGAGACUUCAGCUGCUGCUCAACGAGACGGGCGCCAACAACGAGAACGCCGACCCCGUCUCACCCGUCAACGUCAAGACCGAGUCCGUCCUCAUGCCUGACUCUCCCCACGACGGCUACGAUGCCGACUACGAGACGGCCCUGGCCCUGUCGCAGUACAGCAUGGCGUCGACGCCAUCCACCGCCUCGCACCCCGUCACCAGCAGCGUCAGCACCCUGGUCAACCUGGGCACCGGCCACCACCACAGCCACCACCACCAGCACCAGCAGCACCCACAGCACCAGCAACAGCACUUUGUGUCCAUGUCGCCGCCGUGCUCGGACGCCGGGUCGGCCGGGUCGCCGACGCCGUCCUACGUCUCGGACGGGUCGGCGGGCGCCUCCUCCACCGGGUACGCGCCGCCCACCUUCGUCGCCCACGGCGGCACCCACCACCUCCGGCCCACGCACCUGGGCGACCCGCCCGCCACGCCGCCAGACUCCACCGUCUAUGAGCCCAUGAGCCCCGAGGACGAGGAGCUGCUCGACGUGAUCAGCUGGUGGCAGCAGAGCAACUAAAGUGUGAUAGCUGAUAGUGUCGCCAUUGAGACUGACUGGUCGUGCGGACGACUGGAAGCCGACUGGAAGCUGACUGGGACAGCAUUCGUCCGGAGCGCCAACGCAUUCCUGAACUGCGGAUUGCACCUCGCGGCGCUCAAAAGCCCAAGAUUUGCAACAAAAGAAAAAGAUGCAACGAAGUGCCUUACACGAGACUUUACUUCUCGUUUUAUCAUUCGCUAACAAGACGAGCAGAGGAAGGGCGAUUUAAGUUUUAAUACUUUUGUUGGCUGUUUGUUUUUAAGUAAUCGUUGAUACGCUUGUGGAUAUUUUUCGAGACCGCCUGGUGCCUUUUGUUCUUUAUUUGCAAAGGACCGCGGUGGUAGAACAAUGUCAAAAAUUAAAUGCUAAGAAAAAAUACGUGCCUUAAAGCAGCCACCAGUCUUGCGCUUGGUGCCUUAUUCGCAGUUUAACAGACUGAAGCGACAGAGGAUUUAAAGGCUGACUAUUUUGGAAAAUCGUCCUUCAGCUUUGAAACAUGUGCGGAUGCGACACCAAAUCGACAAACAUUAAACCUUGAUUUGGUGUCGUGUCAGCGCACAAGGUAGCCGGACGCAAUUUCCUCAACAUCCCUAAUGCACCUGAGCGUGCGCAGAAAGAAAUAACAAAACUAACAUCAAGGACUUCUCGGCGCAGAUGCUUCUUGUUUUUACGUUUUGCUGUGUACUGUCUUGCCCUUGCGACGAACCUCAAACACUGGCCUGAUUCAGAUCCCUUUGUGGUUUUCCGCCAGAGUCUGGGUGACAGUGGCGUGUCUGACUUACUCCCUGUCGCUUAAAAUAUAAGUUUACCAUCGAGAGUGGAAAGUUACCACAUAAAAAUGUUACUUAAUAUUAGCUCAACUUUCAAAAAUGAAUGUUAAAGUUCGUUACAUGAGGCAAGUGAACCAUAUGCUAAAUAGACGAAUCGGUGACAGAUUGAAACUGAGUGUCACAAUCAAAGAUUGAAUGAUGUCAAACUUGUAAAUUGCAAGUAUAUAAAGGCAUAAUAGUUUAAUGUACAAAUUGAUUAUGUUUAAAAAAAAUAUAGACUUUUAGUUAUGUUAAAUCUAGUCAAGACAUUCUCGUCUGUAUAGUACAUUUUGUUUGUAAAUGGUGUAGAUACAAGGUGGGUGCAUUUUGUUCCCUUCAACUCUUGUCUUCUGAGUUGACAGCUCUGACCAAUUAAGUUCAUCAGAACGUAGAGAGACCAUCGUACUUUGACUUUCAUAUUACUUGGUAUGUUUGUGAUUGAAUACAAAUGACAUUUUCGGUUAAAAUAUAUAUUUUUAUAGCUCUGUUAACAAUGUUGCCAUAUCGUUGUUUCAUAUUUUUAUUCGAGCAAAACAAACAUUUUUCGAAUGUGGGACCGUUGUUCUACACUGACGUGAACCUGAUGUUAAACCAUUCCCGAAGAUUCUAACCCCGUACUCUGAUGUGGUCUCGGAGGAUUUUGUGAUAUUUUGCAUGAAUCUCAUGUUACAUGCUCCUCAUCUCUUUUAAAUCGAAACUGUGAACGCGUAAGCCUUAUUGUUUGAAUUUUGUAUUUUUCUAGAUUGAAAUAUUUGUUAUAUAUUUAAAUAAAAUAUCAAUACCUGAAA